GCAACCUCCAUUUCACUAGCAUCUAGCAAGUGCACAACACAUCUAUAAAUCGUAGUAACCACCUUAGGUGAGAUGAUGGUCAUGGCGAUGAUGAGAAGGGUGGUGAUGGUGGUGGCGGUGCUGUGUGCGGUAGCAACUAUGGCCAUGGCACAAGAGGCGUCCAACGUGCGUGCCACGUACCACUACUACCGUCCGGCGGAAAACAAUUGGGAUUUGGGGGCCCCGGCCGUUAGCGCGUACUGUGCCACGUGGGAUGCUGACAAGCCGCUUGAAUGGCGCCAGAAGUAUGGAUGGACCGCCUUCUGUGGGCCCGUUGGUCCCACUGGUCAGGAUGCAUGUGGCAAAUGUCUCUCGGUGACGAACACGGCGACAGGGGAUCAGAUCACGGCGAGGAUCGUGGACCAGUGCGCCAAUGGGGGGCUGGAUUUAGACUGGGACACCGUCUUCUCCAAGAUCGACAGCGACGGUCAAGGCUACCAGAAUGGCCACCUCAUCGUCGACUACCAGUUCGUCGACUGCGGCGAUAACUAGCAGCUAAUUAACCACUCUUAUAAACUUCCCUACAUAUAUAUACACAUUUCGGACAGAGGAGUAAUUAAUAUAUCUCUGCCUGAUGAAUGAAUAAAGUGGCUGGUGAAUAAUUGUGAUGCUAGGCUGCUGUAGAUCGAUCCGUUUACACAUGCUCGAAGUAUCAAUAAAAUUGUGUGGAAAUGUGAUGGAUUUCUGUGGCUAAAAGCCUAAAAA